CCCUCGGCGGACUCCGUACUAAGUCCGUAGUGAGUGCGCAUGGCCGAGAGGGAUCAUGUUGAAGGUGAGGGGAAGCGGUGCCAUGCCGGGAGCGCUCACUUUACUGCCUGUUACCGUCUCUGCCGCCACUGGUGACGGGGAAAAAGAGGCCACGGCCCCGUUAAACCUGGACGACCUGUCCCUGUACACCGCUCCUCCUCCUCUGCACAACGCGUCCCGGCGCGUGGAGCCUGAAGCGGGUCAGCUGGAGGACAGUGUCGCCACCCUCCGGAAGUCGGUGGAGCCGUACGCCGCUUGGUGUCAGGACACAUACGACAAAAUUAAACCCAAAGUUCAAAGUGUCGUCCAGUUUGGGAACGACGCGUACGCCUACUUGAAGAGUCCCCCGAAGGACUUCUACCCCCGGGCGGGAGUCAUCGGCUUCACCGGAGUAGUGGGACUAUUUCUGGCUAGAGGCUCCAGGUUUAAGAAGCUCGUCUACCCGGCGGGCCUGAUGACCCUCAGCACCUCCAUGUACUACCCGGAGAAGGCUGCGGACAUCGCGAAGUCAACCGGAGACUCCGUGUACGACACCGCCGUGCAGAGCUACGCGGCCCUGGAGAAGAUGCUGAACCCGGGGAGCAAAGCUGAGAAGGGACCCGGCUCGGAAACUAAACCGGAAACUAAACCGUGACGACCUCAGUGUCACCCUGCAACAACUUGAGCAAUAAUAACAAAGUAUUCAUCAGCUUUCACCUGGGUACUGUAGAUUGAUAAUUUAACUUAACAGCCUCUCCGUGAUCUGUGUGACUUUUCCAUGCCCACUCUUUGCACUAUGCUUCACACGUAACUCAGGCCGGGCAUGGGGGGAGGGGGUGGGAGCGGGUUUGCAUCGUCAGUGAUUCACUUCUGCUUUCGAUUUGAAUGUAUAUUAAUGUAGUCUUGCAAUAAAAUCAAGUUUUACUGCUUAAUUCUGUGUCUUGAGUCACAUGUAAAUUAAGUUUAGUGCACAUCAGCCGGAUGGAAACGUGCUCAAAAUAAAAAUUAAUUCAUGAGAACUUAGUCACAAC